CCCGACCGUUCAUUUUUUAGGAAAACGAUCCCGGAAGGGAGUGUGCGAAAGUACAAACCCGUAGGGAAGAAAGCCAAGCCGAUCUCGAUCCUAGUGGAAACAUCAAGGGAAGAGGCCAUGGAAAAAGAGGAAGAAAUCCUGCGGGUAAUAAGGGAAAGGCGAGCAACGGAAGGGCAUCGGAUACCUGAUGAGGUAGCGGACACCAUGAAGAUAGGGGUAGACGGGUUCCUAGCGGUGGAGGAAACCCAACUGAUAAGGAAAGCGUGUCAGGAAUUUCAUUUAGCCUUCGCCUUCAAUGACCACCAGAAAGGUCGAUUGGAUGCGAAGCUAAUUUCCCCCGUUAGGAUCCACACGGUGGAACACGAAUGCUGGAAUGACAAGGGGCCCACCUACGAGUUCGGAAUAGCCGCGGAAGUCACUGAAUUGCUAAGAGCCAAGAUAGAUUCGUUCGUGGCCGAACCCACCGCAUCCCCCUACGCGAACAAGUGGUUCGGUUUUCGGAAGCCCAACAAAUCGCUCAGAUGGAUCCAGGACUUGCAGAAGUUGAAUGCGAUUACGAUCCGGGAUGCGGGAUCACUUCCACAGGCCGACCUACUGGCAGAGUCUCGCGCCGGACGAGGCAUCUACUCCUUGAUAGACCUAUAUUUAGGAUAUGACCAACUACCGCUCGACGCGAGGGAUAGACCAUACACCGUCAUGCACACCCCUGUAGGUCAGCUGCAAAUGCAAGUGACUUCUAUGGGCUUCACAAAUGCUGUGGCGGAGGCACAGAGGAGGAUGCUUGCGAUCACAGGGGACAUGUUCCCGGAAAAAUGCGAGCCCUACAUAGACGAUAAUCCCAUAAAAGGCGCGCAGAACAAGGAUGAGACAGAGGUCCAACCGGGCAUACAAAAGUUCGUUUGGGAUCACCUACAGGAUAUCAAGGACCUACUUCAGCGGUUCCUGGUAUAUAAUAUUACCGCAAGCGGACCUAAAGGCAUCCCGACAGUCCCAGAAGUGACCAUACUGGGGUUUCGUUGUGGGGCCUAUGGAAGGAAACUUGACCCGGCAAAAAUGGAUAAGAUCUCUCAAUGGCCAACACCGCUGCACACCACGACGGAAGUACGAGCCUUCCUAAGGGUGGUUGGAUUCUGGAGAAUUUUUAUCAAAGGUUUUGCCAAGAUAGUUGAACCUAUCCGCACAAUGAUUAGGGAAGGAGGGACCAUGGAGUGGACUGAGGAUAGGGAGGCGGCAGUCCAGACCCUCAAAGACGUCUUGUCUUCCGGCCAAGUCACCUUGGCCUCACCCUGCUUCAAUGAUGAAGUAGGACGACCCUUUAUCUUGGAAACAGACGGAAGACCUUUGGCAGUAGGUGGAGUCCUGAUACAGAGGAGCGAGGAAGGUAAGGAGAGGCCUAUCAGAUUUGAGAGCAGGACCCUAAAUUCGGCAGAGCGGCGGUACUCACAAUUCAAGAAAGAGGUCUUAGCCAUUCUACAUUGCCUUAAGACUUUUCAGGCAUACCUAUUCGGCAGACGGUUUAUCCUGAGAAUCGAUCCGACCAAUGUCGCCGGGGCAUUAAAGAACUACAAGCCUAUAGACCCGACCGUUGGGAGAUGGAUAAGCUUCAUAUAGCAAUUCGACUACAAGGUCGAGCGAAUUGCGCGGCUCCG